CGAUCAUCGUCAUCGCAAUCAUCAUUUCGUGAGCCUUUCAUCUGCCAGGUUUUAUAGUCGAAAUUCCUUCGAGAGUAGAGUCGCAAGGUGGGACAGUAUCUGCUUGCGACUCCCGUUCCUCCAUCACUUCUCCAUCCAUCGCGACUCUGCUUCGAUAUCGCAUGACGGCCGAUUGUCACUCACCAAGCUUAUCGCAAAGUCAUCAUGGCCGAUCGCUUCUCUCUGCCUGCCAACAGGGAACCUAAUCCGCUUCGACCUUACUACAUCCCGCCUUCCAUCGGAAUACCGAGUAGCUCAAUUAACACAUCGGGCCCUUCCAACGGCUCACGGGUUGGCAAUGGCGGCGGCAGCAAGGCACACUCUACUACGCUGAGCGCUGCGCGUGAGCUUCUACCUGACAUAGAUCUUGAUUUGAAGUCGACCACUGGCGAGGCAUGGCAGAAUACGAGGGACCUGUUGGACACUAUAGCGUGGAGAUAUACUUCCGUUCUGUUGGCACAACCUUUCGACGUCGCCAAAUUUCUGCUUCAAGUAUCUUACCCAGGAGAAAUUGAAGCUGGCACUCCACAAAGGCGGCGAUCACCUGCGAUACACAACCGAGGAAAACGUCAAGGGCGCAGAGAGACUCAUUACAACGAUGAAGACGACGAGGAAGAAGACAGUGAAGGGGAUUCCGAUGGCGACAUCCCAGAUUACUUCUCUUCUGCGGCGCCCCGAAGUCGCUCUCCUCGAAAGCGACGGAGAGCACCACCGGACGAAGACCACGACUCUCUUUCUCCUACGCCUCGCCCGCGCAACAGAAAGGAACCGGAAGUUAGGAUCCGUCUCAAAAAGCCCGAAAGUGUGCUUUCAGCCAUAUCGGCGUUGUAUAACACAUCUGGCGCUAUCGGACUGUGGCGCGCCAGCAAUACGACGUUCCUGUACGCGAUUCUGCUACGAACUACAGAAUCGUUCCUCCGGAGCCUUCUCCUCACGGUGCUCGGUCUUCCCGACAUCAUUGGUCCCGAUCAAGGCGGACUCGCACCUGGACUUAGUGUCGCUGGCGGAGCAGGCUUCAGUGGUAUCGAUCUCAGUGACAGUCCGAAUGUCUUGGGAUCUUUGGUCGUCGUUGGCAUGUCAAGUUGCCUGGCAGGUCUCAUCCUGGCGCCUCUCGAUCUCGUCCGAACACGACUACUGAUUACGCCAAUGUCACACACUCCUCGCGGACUGGUACAGAAUCUACGUCGACUGCCCUCCUUGGUAGUUCCUAGCACCCUUUGGCUUCCUACGGCUCUGUACCACACCGUCCCCAACUUGUUCUCAGCGAUAGCGCCGUUGUUCUUGCGCCGUCAACUCCGGAUCACGCCUGAUCUUACUCCAGCUCCCUGGUCGCUUGCAGCGUUCGUGACCAGCCUCACGGAGCUUUUCAUUCGCCUCCCGCUUGAGACGCUUGUACGUCGCGCUCAAGUUUCUGAGCUACAGAAGUCGCAGCCGCUGCUUCCACUGAUCGUUGAUCCAGCGCCCUACGCUGGUAUCGCGCGCACGGUGUACAACAUUAUGUACGUGGAGGGCCAUACGACAACUAAGGCAUCCAACGGUAUGCUCCGGAAGCGUCGUGGCCAAGGAUUUGCUGGACUCGUGCGUGGGUGGCAUAUGGGAUUUUGGGGUCUGAUUGGCGUCUGGGGCGCCGGCGCGAUGGGCCCCGGUGAUGCGAGACGGCAAGGCGAAUUCUGAUCUAAGUCAGGUUUGAGGCAGGAACACGAAUAUGCUGCCUGAUGGUAAAUUUUUGUCGGAAUAGUUAUACGUCGCUCUUAUCUCUCUUCUCUCACACCUGGUUCACUUUAUGCGAUACCCAUUUAGCUAGUCUCCUCAACCAUACUAAUGAAACGCCGAGAAUUUUCUAUAGAGUUUGAUUCUCACGAUGAAAUGCAAAUGCAUCUGCAUUAAUGGCUUGAGGCAAUGCACCCUGGGAGGUCCUCACUGCCUGACGAGAAUUGGCUCAAGUACUGCUUCUGGUAUAGCUAGCUCCCUAAUUACACAGUGCUCAAUAUCGU